GCGUAUAAUAUGCUGAACUUUUUUCAAUCCUCUGAGUGUGAAGCAUCACAGACUGAAAGCAACGAGUCAUGGCCCAGGAGCACAGCAAUGGUGAUGUCCAGAUUCCUGCGGUGGACAGUCUGGAGUUCAGACUCCUUAUGUCGUACGCCCGCAAGAGACGACCCAUGGACACCAGUCUGCAGCAGGACAUCCCAGAGAGAGAGGUGUCUGAAAAAAGAAGUAGAAGAAUGCACAAAAAGAAGAAAUUGAGAUUAUCUUUCAUUACAAAAUGUAUUAAACCCAAGACAGAUGAUACACCUGAACCACAGCAAGCAGCGCUAGAUGAUGGGAAAGUGGAUGAGAUGGAAAACAUGGUCAGUGAAUUGACAGAGAUAUCAGAUUCUGUCCACUUCACUUCAAGUGAUAUAGAAUCAGACGGUGAUGAUGUUGUGCAAAGGCUGGCGGAGAUCCUCAGAUUACAUGGCGAUGAGCUGGAUGAAAAGAUUAAGAAAGACAAGGCCUUAUAUGAAACGCUGCAGUCCUCUUUCAAGUAUAGCUUCUUCAAGAAAGUGAUGGAUACUUUCUGUAGAAGUGUCACCUUAGAACUGCCAACAGAAGACGAGAAAGUUGACGUGGCUCUGAUUUGUGAAGCCACCAGUCAGCUCUAUGGCGUCAACUACCAUCCAAUGAACCGUGUGCUGGGCUUCGGUGCCAAGUAUCUUCAGGAAAAUUACUCCAAGUGGAUUAGCAGAAACAUGCAUGUAGGCAGUGCAGAAGUUGGAGAUGAAUCCAAAGAGGAAGUCCAGUGAGCUGACGAGAUGUUCUC